GGUGGAGGGGGAGGAAUUGCUCGAGAAACUGGGGGACACGAUGCUGACCCCGGAGCAGCUGGCCGCCAUCCUCAACAGGAAGGCGAUCAACGACGUCACCAGAUUCUGGCCUGAUGUCAACGGCUUCCCUCACAUUCCCUAUACCUUUGAGGAUGACCUGGUUGACAAGGCAGCCGUCCGGAGCGCCAUCCAGCACUGGAUCGACAACACCUGCCUCACCUUCACCGAGGUCUCGAACACCAGCACUGGAGAACGCAUUAAGUUCAUCCGCCACGCUUCCUCCUGUAACUCUUACGUGGGAAUGGUCAGCGGCAGCGGAGGACAGAUCAUCAACGUGCCUGUGUGGUGUGAGCAGUCGUUUGGCAGUCUGGUUCACGAGGUCGGACACGCCUUGGGCUGCUGGCAUGAGCAAUCGAGGUCAGACCGAGAUGAACACAUCCUAAUUCUCACACAAAACAUCAUAUCAUCGGCUGUUUAUAACUUUAACCUUAUGACGACCAACAAUUAUGGUGUGCCGUAUGACUAUUCCUCAAUUAUGCAUUACGAUGCGCAGGGCUUCUCUCUGAACAGCCGCAAUACCAUCGUGACCAAAGACCCGAGGUUCCAAGCUGAAAUUGGCCAGCGCGUAGGCCUCUCCCACAUGGACAAGCUCUUAGUAAACACCAUGUACGGCUGUACAGACAAACUCCUCAUCACGUGCGGACUACCUAGUGAUCCCUGUCAGAAUAAUGGUUAUUUAGGAAGUGACUGCACUUGUGUGUGUCCUGAUGGAACUUCAGGGAGCAACUGCGAGACUGUUAAUACACUCUAUAAUGAUGCUAUUCUAUACUUCAACACUGAGAUCGUCACAGUUGAGAAAACUGUUUCAACCGUGAACCACCCUAAUGCUUUCCCUCAUGAUUCGGAUUUCGUCAAAUGGAUAAUCGCCCCCGAGUGUAAUGAAGUAAAACUGACCUUCAUGGCAUUCAACGUGUACCAAGCGGUUUCAAUAAUGGUAAACGGCGUUAGCACACUCGGCUGUUGGUACGAUGCCCUGGAAAUCAGGACUACUAAUGUAACGGAAGGGCAGUGGUUCUGUGGGACGGAUAUUUCGCCUGGCCAAGAGUUCCAGUCUGUUGGAGGAGAAAUGAUUCUUUAUUUCAAAGUUGGGACAAAUUUCAAACCCGGUUGGUCGGCUGACAUCACCUUUGUUCCCAUUCCUUCCUGCGCGCCUUCGGAGAUAACUACCACCACGACUAAAAGUACAAGUACAUCUUCAACUACAAGUACCACUACAACAACCACAGCCACAUCGACAACAUCAACAACUACAACCACAACAACCACAACCACAACGACCUCGGUUGGUCAGUGUACCUCUAACACAGAAAACGGACUGACUUAUUUCAUUUCUCCAAACUUCCCUGAAUAUUAUCCACCAAACGCAUACUGUACUCUUUCAGGAAUUACAGAGGAGCUCGCCACAGUGAACUUAUUCAUCAGGGUUCUUCGGCUGCGUGCUGGCGACACCCUUGUGAUCCAGAACCCUUACACGCCGCCGCUAACCCUGUCUGGGGAAAAAAGACGAUAUAAGAACACCAUCCCCAGUGCACAAUUCCUCGCUACUUUCACGUCUAAUGCUGUCGGAGAGUGGACGGGUUUCCAUGCACAGUUCAACCCAAGGACCUCCUCUUGCCACCAAGUCCUCUCCGCCAGCCCCGGGGGAGUCAUCACGUCGCCGAGGUUCCCCCACAGGCACCCGGGGAAGAAGUACUGUGAAUGGAAAAUCAUG